AGGAUGAGACGAGGGUGAGGCUCUCCCUGUUCUCCUUCGUGGCUGUUUCAUGGCGAGGCCUCGGCUGAGGAGCUGCAGGCGCUGCCUCCCCUGAUCCAGCUCUGGAGGGCAAUGCUGCCCUGUCGCUGCUGCUUUGUGCCUCCCUUUGCUCCAGGCAAAAUCGGCUUUGCUGGCUCAGAUGAGUGUCUCUAAACUGUUCCCUCGGCUGCUGGUGAUGUUUCCCUGUCUCCUGCCUGGAGCAAACUGAAGAUCUGAGGUGGAUUCAGGCAGUGGCAGUGACUUCCAUCUGCUGUGGUGUUGCCAACAACUCUCUGUCCCCUGUGUCCCAGGUGGAUAGAGUCAUCCAGCCCCACUGAUGCUUUGGGGGGUACAACAGCCCCUCUGCUUCUGUCCUAGGGGAGCAAAGCAGAAUAUUCUGCAGCAAGCAUGAGGAAAAUUGUGAACAGUGGGUCACACCCAGCCCUGAAACAGGCAGCUGUGGUUGCCUUCAGGACAGCAGUUUCACUUCUGUCUGCUGGUACUGAGCUUGGCCCACUGAGCAUGAGUUUCCAGGGAAGGGAAAGGGCAAGCCCAUGUCCAAUUAUUUAUCUUAUUACAAGGGUAAACACAGACCUGUGCUCCUGUUCCUCCUUGUUUUCUCUUGGUGUUGAGUUGGCUUUUGGCUUUAGCUGUGAUGAUCUGCCCAGUGGUCAGGCCCUGACACCCUUCACUGUGCAGGGCCUGAGUCCAAGACGAAACAGCUGAGCAGAAACACAAUCCUGGUGUGAACAGCCCCACUUGGGCUGUGGCUGAGCUGAACACACUGCUGGGAGCAGAGGAAGGAGUGAGACACCAGCAGAGCAGCUCACACUGCCCCUGGCCUGGCUGGUGUGCCAGCAUCCCUUGUUUUUAGAGUCAGUGAGCAGAAAGGAGGAGCUGGAGCCAGAGGUGAGCACCAGCACCACUGAUCCUGCCCAGGCUUGGGAGCAGCUUGUCCCUCUCUGCAGCACCCACACUCUGCUGGUCCAUGAGCAUUCACCUCUCCCGUGCCACAUCCAACCCACACCAGUCUCAGCCAGGCCCUUGGCAGAGGCUUUUUUGGCUAAUUAAUGAACUAUGAGCUAAUUGAGGGCAUUGUGCCCAGCUUGCUGGAGCUGAGGAGAGCUGAUGCUGGCUCCUCCAGCACUGGAUUAUGUUUUGGGUUGGGGAUUUUAGCAGAGAGUUCUACUAAGUUAGAGGUUAAAAUAAAGGAUUUGGAGAUUGUUGUAUCUGGGUAAGUCCAUAAAGUAAGCUAGAGGGUUUGGCAGUAUUUUGAUAUCGUGGAUGCUGUUUUGCAGGGGCGAGGGAGAGACCUGUUUCUCCACAAGUGUAGUCUGGAGCUGAGGAGCACCGAGACAUGCAGGGGCGUGGAUGCUCUUUGUCCAUGUGAUCAGAUCCACCUUGGCCACACGCAGUGAUUAAUAAAACCUGACUCGGCUGGAAGGACAAGGAAAAAAACAACAAUACAGGACAUUUCUGGAGGUUGUCCUAAUCCAGCAUCUGGGAGCCAAAUGAAUCAGCAGCUUCUUAUUCUGCCGGCAGGAUUAGUCAAUGUUCAUCCAGGCUCCUGGGGAGUGAGGUGUUUGGCUGCAGCAUCUCCCCGCGGCUUGGAGAACACCACAUCCUCUUGGGAGCUGAGGUGCUCCCCUCAGCUUGGUCACCUCUAAAGCACCACCCCUGCCUCUGUUCCUGGGGCCUUGGAAUGGGGAGAACCAGCUCCUGGGGGGAAUCCCUGUGGGUGGCCAGGAUGGGCUCGGUGGGAGCCGAGCGCUUCAAGGAGCUGAGCCCGGCGGCGACGCCCGAGGGGAACGUGGUGAUGAGCUUCAGCUUCGACAGCUACCAGCUGGAGGAGGAUGAGCUGCAGCGGGGCAGCCAGGCCAAGGGUGUCCUCACCUUCAUGGAGCCAGUUACUGAGGACCCUGAGCCCCAGGAUCGAUACCAUGGGAUUUAUUUUGCCAUGCUGCUGGCUGGGGUGGGAUUUCUCCUGCCCUACAACAGCUUUAUCACUGAUGUGGAUUACCUGCACCAUAAAUACCCAGGGACCUCCAUUGUCUUUGACAUGAGCCUCACCUACAUCCUGGUGGCCUUGGUGGCCGUCAUCCUCAACAACGCGCUGGUGGAGCUGCUGAGCUUGCACACCCGGAUCUCCGUGGGCUACCUCUUCGCCCUGGGGCCCCUGCUCUUCGUCAGCAUCUGCGACGUGUGGCUGGAGCUGUUCAGCCGCAGACAAGCCUACGCCAUCAACCUGGUGGCUGUCGGGGUGGUGGCCUUUGGCUGCACAGUGCAGCAAUCCAGCUUCUACGGCUACACGGGGCUGCUGCCCAAGCGCUACACGCAGGGAGUGAUGACGGGAGAGAGCACCGCCGGGGUCAUCAUCUCGCUCAGCCGCAUCUUCACCAAGCUGCUGCUGUCGGACGAGAAGGAGAACACCGUCAUCUUCUUCUUCAUCUCCAUCGGCAUGGAGCUGACGUGCUUCAUCCUCCACCUCCUGGUGAAGCGCACGCGCUUCGUGCGCUACUACACCGACAGCUCCCGGCAGGGCCUCCCCGAGAGCCGCGGGGCCGGCGAGCCCGGCACCGGCUACCGCGUCCACCACGACGUCACCUCCGAGGACGUCCGAUUUGAAAACCGGGAGCAGGGGCAGCCGAGCUCCCCCCGGGGCAGCCCCAUCCCCGAAGCCGAGCUGGCGGGGAGUGGCACCUACAUGCGCUUCGAUGUCCCUCGGCCCAAGAUCAAGAGGAGCUGGCCCAGCUUCCGAGACAUGCUGCUCUACCGCUACGUGGUGUCCCGCCUCAUCUGGGCCUACAUGCUCUCCAUCGCCAUGACCUACUUCAUCACACUGUGCCUCUUUCCCGGGCUGGAGUCGGAGAUCCACAACUGCACGCUGGGGGAAUGGCUCCCCAUCCUCAUCAUGGCCAUCUUCAACCUCUCUGACUUCGUCGGCAAGAUCCUGGCUGCCCUGCCCUACGACUGGAGAGGGACCCACCUCCUCGUCUACUCCUGCCUCCGCGUGGUCUUCAUCCCCCUCUUCAUCAUGUGCGUCUACCCCAACGGGCAGCCCACCUUCGGCCACCCCGCCUGGCCCUGCAUCUUCUCCCUCCUCAUGGGCAUCACCAACGGCUACUUCGGCAGCGUGCCCAUGAUCCUGGCCGCGGGCAAAGUGAGCCCGGAGCAGCGCGAGCUGGCAGGGAACACCAUGACCGUGUCCUACAUGACGGGCUUGACGCUGGGCUCGGCCGUGGCGUAUUUUGCCUACAGCCUCACCAGUACCUCCCACAGCACCUGUUUCUACACCGAAACCUCCAAUGGCUCCUUUACCUCGGGCUACUGAGCCCUGGGGCGGGGGCGAUGGGGACAGGACGGGACCUGCUUCCCACCAUGGUCCCCAGCCCUCCACAUCCCUCCUCAAGGAGGGAGCCUGGAGCCAGAAAGCCACCCUAGCAUGGACAAGGACUGGUAUCCUGUUGGCACAGGGCCGUGGCAUUCCCAAAUGGCCUGUGCUGCCCAGCCAGGCACUGUGCAGGGCCACUGCUUGGGGUGACAUUCCUCCCACCCCAGGGGACAGUUCUUGUUGCUUUUGGGGGUCUCCCCAUCAGCAAUGUGCAGCUCUCCAGUGAAGGCUGGGGAUCUUCUGUUUGCGCCAAGCCAUUGACAGGAGGAAGAAAAUACUGCCAAAUCCCAAAGGGAAUGGGACCAGCACUGGGGAGGAGGGUGAUGGAGGGCUGGUGAGGAAGAAGAGGAGCAAGAGAGGAAAGAAACACUCCUUCAGUCCCCCGUGGCUCUGGGAAGGUGGGUCUCGACUUCCAUUGAUGGUGCUGCAGGUUUUAACCAGGAAUGGCUUGAAAUCACAAUCCCUCCCUAAAUAUGCGAAUCAUAUGGUUGGGGAAAAAAAAGGGUUUUUUUUAAAAUUGUGUCUUGUUUUACCCCCCUAACUGCAACAGAGGCAGGGUCUUGCCUCCCCCCACCCCACACUGUGAAUCUGCUCCAUUGCAAGGGGUAGUGGGGGAGGUCCCAAGGCUACAGCACUGCCAGUGCCACCUGCAGGGCACUGCUGAGCUUCAAGAUUCAUUGCACAGGAUGUAAGUGAAGCUGAUUAAAUAAUUAAAUGUCUUUGCAAGAA